AUAAAAAUAAAAAUAAAAAUUGGUUUGAGGUUUUAACGGAAUAAAUUGUUCUUGCCGUGGGGAGGUAAAAAGCAAGGAGGGGGGUGGGGGGUAAAUAUCAGAAAUCACAGAAGCUAGGGUUUUUAUUUCGCGAAGAAGAGGUCAGACAUGGCCGAAACUGUAACAGAAGUCCCCGAUACCCUCACUGAGACGGAGAGGAACACCUCGUCCACGCAACUCAUGGGCCUCAAAACCCUAAACGCCUCCGAUCAAGCCCACGGUGAUACGGCGGCGAACGGUGGCGAGUCGAACUCGAAGCGUGCCAGAGAGGAUGGCACAGAGUCAGAGAAGGAAGACAAUGGUGGUGUGAAGAAGCAGAAGGUUGAGAAAUUGGAAGGAAACGAAGCAGCCGAGGUAGAGGAGUUGGGACGGGUGAGCUUAGGUCCGAAGAGUUUCGGAUCUUCUGUGGAGAUGUUCGAUUACUUCUACAAGUUCCUUCAUUACUGGCCCCCCAAUCUCAAUGCCAACAAGUAUGAGCACAUGGUGUUGUUCGACUUACUCAAGAAGGGUCAUCUGGAGCCAGAGGAAAAGAUUGGUAAGGGGAUCCAUGCUUUUCAAGUCCGAUUCCAUCCACAGUGGAAAAGUCGCUGCUUCUUCCUCGUAAGGAAUGACGAAUCCUUUGAUGAUUUCAGCUUCCGGAAGUGUGUGGAUCACAUUAUUCCCUUGCCGGAAGACAUGCAAAUAAAAGCUAUCGUCAACAGGGCAUUGGGUCGAAGCAACAGAGAUCGCGAGGGAGAAAAAGCUAGUGGUGGUGGUGUUGGUGGUGGUGGUGGAGGAGGAGGAUGUGGCCGUGGCCUUAGCCGUGGUCGUGGCCCUCCGGAAGACACGCAAAUAAAAGCUAUCGUCAACAGGGCAUUGGGUGGAAGCAAUAGAGGUCGCGAGGGAGAAAAAGCUAGUGGUGGUGGUGGUGGUGGUGGAGGAGGAGGAUGUGGCCGAGGCCGAGGCCGUGGCCGUGGCCGUGGCCUUAGCCGUGGUCGUGGCCAUGGAAGAGGGGGUAAGUUGAGGAGCUGACGAACAUGCCCUUUCUAUUCUACAUGGGGUGGAAUUGGAUUUAGAUUUUAAAAAUAUGUAAUACUUCAGUGCUAUCCAAAUUUUGACUAUUAAUUUCGUGUGGUUGAUGUUGGAAAUUAUUCGAGGUUGUAAUGUGUUUCUUGAGAA